CUUCUCUCUCUCUUCCUGCCUCCCUCUCUGUCUCUCUCCCCCAUCUCUCCCCCUCUCUCUUAUCAAUCCAUCCAUCCAUCCAUCCAUCCAUCCGCCCAUCCCUACAUGGAUGUGUUUUUGCUGCACAGAUCCUCUUUCUGUGCCACAGCCUCAGGAGACGUGAGAGCAGAAUAGCUCGAGCUGCUUGCGAGGGUGGAUUCUCUCCACCCCCCCUCCAUCGCUCUCUCCAUUCCUCCUCCCAUUUCCACACAGCUUGUUUUACAAGCCGGGGAGGCUCUGCCAUCUAGAGCACUUUAUGAGAUCAUUUCAAUCUGCCGCGUUUUCCCCCUCCCCGCCUUCUGCUUUUUCUCCCCCAUACUUCUCUGUGUGCAUGCGUUUAUGUGUGCAUGUGUGCAUGUGUGGGAGGGUAAUCCUUCCCCCUUUUCCUCUUACAUACAUACGUACAUCUACACUAAAGCAAGGUUCCUGCUAACAUGAACUUGAAGACUUGCUCUACCCACAUGCUUGUGAUACCUCGGGAUGUCAUGGGAUCCAGCUGCUUGAAAAGCCUGCAGGCUGCUGCGCUCAGUCAUUCAAAAUAAGUCUUUUGGAAACAACAACAGAAAACAAGUUUAUUCACUUUCUUUCUUGCAUGCUCACACACACAGACACUGGUCUUCUAUUCUCCCUUUUUUUUUUUUUUUAAUCCUCCUUUUUCUGUGCUGUGGAUAUUUCUGAGUAAGGAGUCUCAAGGAUUCUGUUGUUUGGACUACGCUGAAUCAAAUUCCAUCUGCCCAGGUUUCUUCAUUUUUGCAUCACUAGAUUGACUAAGGAUUUUUUAAAAAGAUCAUUUUUAUGUCUUUGCCUGAAGCAGGAGGGAAAGGAUGAAUGGCAUAGCAAGAAGAACUAAAUUUCUUCCAGAAAUUGACUUACCAAACCAAGGAUAAAUGUGAUUUCUCAAAGAUAAACUCCGCUGUGUAUGGAAACGUAUACUUCAAGGACGGAGGAUCUUGGGAAAUGUCAUAUAGAUAAAUGGAAGUUGAAGCUACAUGACAGCUGACAAUGAGAGUCAAAAAGGGAACAACGCAGGUCAGAUAGCAUCCAGACAACAGAUUGCAAGUAACUUUCAACAUAUGCGUUUUGCAAGCAUACAAGCUCUAAGUCAAUAGAGAGAACAGGCUGAUCUUUUGUGGAAAGGAGGAGGGAAGGAUGUCAUGCUUCGCCCAAAGGCCUAUCUGGAAAUUCCCACCACCCCUUUAGGUGACAACAACCACAGUGACAGUGACUGUCUUUCAAGGCCCCAUCGUUGAUUUACCAUGGAAAAACUGUUCUGCAGCAUCCUGGUGUUUGGAGUGGUUGUUGCAGUCAACGCCUGUCCAAAAUACUGUGUUUGUCAAAAUCUGUCUGAGUCGCUGGGAACACUCUGCCCUUCAAAGGGACUUCUUUUUGUUCCACCAAACAUAGACAGGAGGACUGUUGAACUUCGACUUGGGGGCAACUUUAUUAUUAACAUCAGCAGGCAGGAUUUUGCCAACAUGACUGGCCUUGUUGACCUCACAUUGUCUAGGAAUACCAUCAGUUACAUCCAGCCCUAUUCUUUUGUUGAUUUAGAAAGCCUACGAUCUUUGCAUUUAGACAGUAAUAGGUUGCCUGAAAUUGGGGAGGACAUUUUGAGGGGCUUGAUUAACCUUCAGCACUUGAUUCUAAACAACAACCAACUAAAUUAUAUUUCAGAUGAUGCUUUUGAAGAGUUUCUAUUUACCUUAGAAGAUCUGGAUCUUUCUUAUAAUAACCUCAGAAGCAUCCCUUGGGAAUCCAUAAUGAAGAUGAUAAACUUGCACCAGAUUAGUUUGGAUCAUAAUUUGAUAGAUUAUAUCACAGAGGGGACCUUUGCAGAUCUUCAGAAACUAGCCAGGUUGGAUCUAACUUCCAACAGACUUCAGAAGCUUCCUCCUGAUCCCAUUUUUGCCCGGUCUCAAAUAUCUCCAUUAACUACAACUCCAUUUUCCCCACCUUUAUCUCUAAGCUUUGGUGGAAACCCUUUGCAUUGUAACUGUGAGCUACUGUGGCUACGGCGUCUGGACAGGGACGACGAUAUGGAGACUUGUGCUUCUCCUCCAGGUUUAAAGGGAAGAUAUUUUUGGUAUGUCCGGGAAGAGGAAUUUGUUUGUGAGCCCCCUCUAAUUACUCAGCAUACUCACAGAUUUUUAGUUUUAGAAGGACAAACUGCCACUUUAAAGUGCAAAGCUAUUGGAGAUCCCUCUCCCAUCAUUCAUUGGGUGGCACCAGAUGAUCGACUUAUGGGCAAUUCUUCAAGAACAAUAGUUUAUGACAAUGGCACUUUGGAAAUCCUUAUCACAACCUCAAAGGAUUUUGGAAUAUUCACAUGCAUAGCAGCAAAUGCUGCUGGAGAGUCUACUGCAACAAUUGAGUUAUCCAUUAUUCAGCUUCCACAUCUCAGUAAUGGUACAGGCCGGACAGCCCCUCCUAAAUCAAGACUUUCUGACAUCACAAGUUCCAGCAAAUCUAAUCGAGGAGAAAGCAAGGGGCCACCAGAUAGGGCAGUCUUGGUUUCUGAGGUGACAACUACUUCAGCUUUAGUCAAAUGGACAGUAAGCAAGUCAGCACCAAGAGUUAAAAUGUACCAGCUACAAUAUAACUGCUCUGAUGAUGAAGUUCUAAUUUAUCGGAUGAUUCCAGCUACAAAUAAAGCCUUCGUGGUGAACAACCUGGUUUCUGGAACAGGCUAUGAUCUUUGUGUUCUGGCCCUGUGGGAUGACACUGCCACAACGCUCACUGCUACCAACAUUGUAGGCUGUGCCCAGUUCUACACCAAAGAGGACUAUCCCCAGUGUCAGUCCAUGCACAGCCAAUUUCUGGGUGGGACCAUGAUUUUAAUCAUUGGAGGCAUCAUUGUGGCUACUCUGCUGGUAUUUAUCAUCAUACUGAUGGUGCGGUACAAGGUUUGCAACAACAACCCUGGAAAGAUGGCCAAUGUUAGCAAUGUCUAUUCUCAAACCAAUGGUUCUCAACCUGUCCAGAAUGGAGUCCUGCCACAAGUGAAUCCCAAAGUUGUGGUAAGGAAUGAACUCAUGGAGUUUAACUGCGAGUCGGCACACAGCAGCAUCUCUUCUUCCUCUAGUUCCAUGAACAGCCGUGACUGUGAUGGCUAUAGCCUCCAAAGUGAACAGGGCACAUUGUCCAGUAAAUGGAGGCCCCCGUCAAGAUCAAAGCAUCACAAUAUUGAUCGGCUCAUGGGAGCUUUUGCCUCUCUGGACCUGAAGUGUCAGAAAAAGGAGGAAACAAUAGACUCAAGAACUUCCAUUGUGGUCCGUCACUCAGACAAGGAGCCACUUUUGGGUCAGCAGGAAUCCAAAUUUCGCAGCCUCCUCAUGUUGCCACUGGAGGGUAAAACUAAACGUAGCCAUUCUUUUGACAUGGGGGACUUUUCCACUUCUCAGUGUUGCAACUACCCCAAAAAGAUCACAAACAUUUGGACAAAACGUAGUUUGUCAGUGAAUGGUAUGCUUUUACAGUACAAUGACAGUGACCUGACAGAAUCAAAGGGAACUUAUGGGAGCUCGGAGUGGGUCAUGGAAAGCACAGUGUAAAUAGAAGCUGCCCUCCAUUCCAUUCUUAGUCCUACCAAACAUAACCAAGUCCAUGAGUUCAAAAGGCCAUAAAUGUGAUAGAAGGAAAACAAACCACACACACAAACACACACACACAUUCAGCCACAUAUUGGUCAAUAAAUAUUAACAUAAAGAAUUCAAGUGGAGUAAAAGAAGUUAUGAGGUUUAUAGGAUGUGUGCAUGUGUGUAAGGAGAUGGUGAUAUGCCCUCGACAUAUUAUUUAUAUCUGUGUGAAUGUCUCAAGGAAUUCACUGGAAACGUUCAGUGCUAUCCCAAUUUCCCAGUGAACUGUGUAACAAAAUUGAAAGAGGAUUAAUGCUGGUUAAGAAGUGUCUAUUCAACUCUUAGGAUAAUUGUGUUUGUCUUCAUUUUCUCAUUGUCUGAGAUGAACAUUUCAGUGGACACAAAACUAACAGGGGAAAAACUUAAGCUGCCACUACAUAACCAAUAUAUCUGGAAAAAGAAACCCUGAACACACAAAUUAACAUUAAGAUUAAAAGCAACAUUUUGAAAAGAUCUUGCUACUGUUUGCCUGAAGAUUCUCUCCUCUCCAGAAAAAAAAAUCCAACAGUCCAUACUCACUGCCUUUCUUUCCCUUGUUAUAACUUUUUUUUAAAAAAAACUAAUAAUUAAUUAUUGAGAUGCUAUCAUUGUUCUCUAUCUGUUUUAUUCAUCAACAGAUGGCCAUAGGUUAUUAAGAUUAUAAGGGAGUUAAGUGUCAGGGCAGAAGAGAGAAAUUCAGUUUUUAUAACCUGGGGGAGAAAGGAGAAAAAUGUUCCUAUUUCUGACCAAGAUUCCAAAAUCACUAUUUAAUCAACAAACAAGAAAUAUCUGACUCAUAAAUAUUAGAAGAGGGAGGGAGAUCCAUACCUUCAUAUCAAAUACCACAAAUUGGCAUAUCAUCAUGUCAGUCAGAAGAAGGGUAUGAAAUCUCCAGCAUCACAUAAAACUCCAACUCUGAUUGUGAGAAUAUUCCUCAUGAGCUCUGGAAAAUGCAGUGUAGUCUAGGAGAGGCCCAGAUUCAACAGUGCUAUAUAGUCUCUCUUUGUCCCACAUCAUGUUCACAUGCUUGUCUUUCUUGUUGAAAUCCAUUUGAGGCUACAUUAUGCCUUUUUAAGUGAUAAUCAAACACAUUAAUGGAUCUGGAAGAGCUGUGAAUGCACAAAUUUUGCCCUCCCAAAGCACUACUCCAUGGCAGAAGAGAAAUGUUGGCCUUUAGAGCCACAGCCUAUAAUUCAGAAUCGUUUUCUGUAUUUAUUUGCUCCCAAAAAUUCGUCCAUUGGGGAGCUAUUUCUGAAAUUGCACACUAUUUUUUUUUCAAAGGGUCUGUGCUGAAAAGAAUUGUAAAAGAGUGAAGAGAACACUCAUAUACAAUCUCUCUUUUUAUUUUUAAGAAAAAGCUCAGCUCAGAGAUAUAUUGUGACAUGGCUAUGUAUUUGAUCCUGUUAUCCGUCAUGUUUCCUAUUUGAAGUUUUAGAAAAUGGCAUCCCUGUGAUCAAAAUAUUUUCUUUUCCCUUCCUCUUUUGCUACAAAAUGUACAGUAAAAACAAUUUAUUGGGAAAAAAAUGAA